AUGUCUCUGGCAGCGGCAGCUCCGGCAGGGUCACCCCGGCCUUGGCCCCGCCCACUAUGGAGAGGCGACUACGGUGGCUCGGUGGGGUCUUGCUUCCUCAAACCGCAAGGGGACUGCGGUCCGGGUGACGACUGUUUAGCCAAUUCGAUCCUGCGAAGUCAUAACACCAAAGCGGAGCUGGAAGCGGCGUCUCAGAACUACCCGAGCCGCGAGCACACGCAAGCCCGCCCUCGAAGAGGCUCCGCCCCUGCGCCGGAGGUUGCUAGGCGGCGGGAAAGCGCCUGUUCUGUGGGCGCCAGGGGGCGCGAGGACAGAGGCGCCCUAUGGAGGCGAAGCGCGGCGUCGUCGCGCUGGGAAUCCACCUUUGCGCCCCGAUUGGGCAGCCAACGGUUUAGACUGGGAAUCCUGUUCGCGGAGGCUGCCGGGAGGGGGCGCGCAACGGGCUUCCAAGGGCUUAGAAAGCCUCGCAGCCGGAAGCAGCUGAGCUUGGGGCCUGGAGUUAUCUCACAAAAGAAGUACUUCAAUGCAUGGAAAAUGAAUUCUUCCGCAAGGGCAUCAGAAGCUAUUAGUCACCACUCUGUCAAACCACCAUUGAAAAGAGAUGAGCAAUCACGUUUGGUAGAUAUUAUAAAUAAAAAUGGGCAACUCUCUACUAAAAAUCUGUCGGCUUCAAUAAUACAAUACGCUUGGGUAUCUUAUUUAGACAGAAAAGUAUUUCGACUCCUAAAACAAACAAUUUGUGCAGUGGAACUUUAUGCAUCAUAUGAAAUACUGAAGAAUGUGAGCCCUACAGAGGCAAAGCUCAUUAAAGAUCCUUGCAUGAAAUGUAAAAUUAGAUUCAGAUUCGGUGGCGAAACAUUUCCACCCAUCAUCAUGUUUAAAAUUUUUCUUCAUACCGAAGGCCGUGGUUGCAAGUUUAUCAAUGGAAAGGAAUUAUUCAAAUCAUCAGGCCAGGCAGUAGCCGAUGCUUAUAAAAUAAUGGGGAGAAGAACAUUUUGUCGUCAAAUAAUGGAAGAUGAUUAUCUUCAGCAGAGGUUUAAAAUAACUGAUGAAGUUGAUAUUGUCACCCUGCAAGAUUACAUGCAAUACUGUAGCCUUCUUGAUAAAAUCCCUGCAUAUUCUGGUGGCAAAAGUAACAGUUGGCGAAGAUUAAACCUUGAAAACAUUCCCAGGACAAUGAUGAUAUAUGACAUAGUUAAUUAUGCUCAUUCUGGAAUAAUCUCAAAACGUCUCAGAAAAGAAAUGAAUUAUCUACUGCAGAAACCAAAAUCAAAAGAGAUGCAUCUGAACCAGCUACGGAUUAUUUCAGAAGUGAGGUUCCCUUUAUCCUCCUCAAGAACCCGGCCUUCACGUCGGCCCCCACAAGCGCAAAGUGAAGUUAAACAUCUAGGUCGCCGAUCCAAGCAAGCACUAAUGAAACUUGAAAAAAUUAAAAAAAUUUAUAAGAUCGCUAAAGAAAAGGAUGAUUCUGCAACAACUAAAGAAAAGCGAGUGGAUCUAAGCAAAUGCAAGGAGACACUUAUAUUCUCCACUCCAUCUUUUGAUAUCUUACAAGUCGAAGAACUCCCAUAUGAGGACUUGAUAAAAGAAGAGGAGGAGGAAGAAGAGGAAGUAUUUACCUGGUUUCAGGAUGUGCUUGUUAACCCAAAAUCUAAAUACACAACUAAAUGAUAGAAAGCCAAA